AUGUGGCCCCCCGACUUCCCGGACUUCCUGGCCAGGCAGGCGCUGCGGCACUUCAAGAACGGCCGGGCGGGCGAGCUCCUGGCCCCGGACCCCAACUGCACCUCGGGGAACUUCGCCCUCCUGAGCUCGGAGGAGGAGACCAGUUGCCAAUUGCGCGUCGCCGCUACAGUCGAAGCUGCACUUGCGGACGAGAGUUUUGAUUCCAGCGGCUGGAAGCUCAAGGACUCUCGAAACAUUAAGAUGGGUGCCGUCAUGGGUGGUGGGUUCAUCAUCGGCGGAGUCGUAGGAGGCCCCAUCGGCGCAGUGAUUGGAGGGGGGCUCUCUACCGCCGCGGUGGGAGUGAGCUCGCUGUACAAGUACCUCAUCAGGCAGAAGGACAUGGACCUCAGCGCGAGCGAGAAGAUCUUCGAGAAGCUCCGCUGCAUGAGCAUCUUCAAGACCUGCAAAGGUGACGUCCUCGUCCCGAAGGGGCGGUCGUGCCCGGAGCUCUGA